AUGGAGUACGAUCCGGAAAAGGGUCUUGACAAGACCAAUUUCUCCACUGUUGAUCAGACCUCUCUCGAUGUCGCAGUCGACAAUGCUGCUCCACGUGAGACUGGUUUGCUAGCCAGGCUUCGGGCUCUGGAGGAGAGAAUGGACAAGAAGCUGGGUCUGGAGUCUGAGGCCAUCACACGCAAGCGCGACGAAGACAAAAAGCCCGUGCAUUGGGUGGAAGAGUUGUCAAUGGCCUUGCUAUGGGCUAGCAGUACACUCAACACCUCAUGCUUUGCAACAGGUUUCUUGGGCUGGGAAUUCGGCCUUACUCUGAAACAAUCCAUCCUUAUCACCAUCUUCACAUCUAUCCUGGCCGCAUCUCUGGCUGGCUUCUGCGCAACCUUUGGCGCUGUGACCGGUUUGCGUCAGAUCAGUGUCGGUCGGUACAGUUUCGGAUGGUGGCCGAAUAAGCUUGUCGCCCUGCUUAACGGAAUUCAGCAGCUGGGCUGGGCAGCCGUCGCAUGUAUUACAGGCGGUCUCGCAUUAACCGCUGUGUCUGACGGUCGUGUCUCCUUGAUCCUGGGUAUCGUCAUCCUGGCGGUUAUCGCACUGAUCAUCUCCUUCGUCGGACUGAAAGCUAUCCUGCUCUAUGAGCGAUGGGCCUGGUUGGUCUUCUUUGUCAUCUUCCUCAUCAUCUUUGGUGAGGUUGGCCAGUAUGCAGACAAUACGGCCCCAGCCACUGUGACGGGCCGCGGUCUCUCGGCUGCCGUUCUCAGUUUGAUUGGAGUGGUAUACGGAUCCAGCGCAUCGUGGUGCACAAUGGCGAGUGAUUACUAUGUUCACUACCCUGCCAAUGUCAGCCGGGUAAAGGUGUUCUUGAUGACCACUUUCGGUAUUGCCAUUCCGACCUCCAUUGGUAUGGUGGCUGGUUGUAUCGUUGCCUCUGCCCUGAACAACAAGCCUGAGUGGUCCGCAGCGUACGAUCAGGGAAUUGGCUAUCUGAUUCAGGAUAUGCUCCACCCCCGCGGAUUUGCGAAGUUCCUCCUAACCCUCCUCGUCCUGUCCGGUAUCAACGUCAACGUUAUCAGCAUCUACAGCUCUGCUAUUUCCUUCCAGCAACUUUCCCGACCCUUCGCUCGUGUUCCUAGGUUCAUAUGGACUAUCAUCUGCUUCGUCUGCAUCCUAGCACUGUCGAUCGGCGGCCGCGCGAAGCUCAACACAUACCUCCAAGACUUCCUGAGCUUGUUGGGAUACUGGUGCACCAGUUACGCUGUGAUUCUCCUCGAGGAACACUAUAUCUUCCGCAAGGGCAACUUCGACAACUAUGACUUGGAAGGGUGGAAUGACCCGGCCAGACUACCUCUGGGUAUCGGUGCGGGUGUGGCCUUUGCCCUCGGAGUUAUUGCGUGGGUUAUGGGUAUGAGUGAGACAUGGUUCGUGGGACCUCUUGCCAAGGUUAUCGAUGGCGGUGAUGUUGCCAAUGAGUUUACUUUUGUGGUGACUGCUUUGAGUUUUCUUCCAGCCAGGUACUUGGAGCUGAAAUACUUCGGUAAAUAA